AUUUUAUUUAAUGGCAUCAUUCAUUUAGAUUCUUUUCAAUAAAAUUGUACAAACAUUAUACAUCAUCCCAUCAACCAUAUAUGAUGUAAUCAUCUCAAAUUUCCUAACAAAAUACAGCUAUGAAAGAUUAGUCUUUUUUAUGAACCAAAGAAAUCCAAAAAGGAUCCUAGAUAUUGGCGUCGGUACAGCAUCUCCCUUAAAACAUGUAUGGAACUAAUUACCAUAAAAUUGUGAAGUUUUAGGAGUAGAUAUUGAUUAGGCUUAUGUUAUAAAAGCUAAUAAUAUAUUUAGAAAUUACAAUCUAGGAGGUCGUAAAUUGGAAAUUAGAUAUUAAAAUUUUUAUGAAGUGACUGAAAAAAAAGAGGGAAAAUUUGAUGCUGUUGUCUUUUCAUCAUCAUUUAUGCUCAUGCCUAAAAGAAUUGAAGCAUUAGAAUUAGCCAAAUCAUUGUUAAAUCAAGGUGGUUCAAUAUAUUUCAUAUUGACUCUACAACCUGAUAGUAAGAAAAAUUCAUCUUUUCUAACAUUCGUUGAAUACAUUAAACCUAAAAUAAAGUAUUUCACAACUAUAGAUUUUGGAUAAAUAACAUAUGAAAAAGAAUUUGAAACUUUGCUCAACAAAGCCUAAUUAAAAGUUGUAAACAAAGAAAGAUUAAAUAAAGACUUCAACAUUCCAACUAAAAUCUUUCGAGUAUUUGUUUAUGAAACAAAAGUUUGAGUAACCA